GAACUCUACAGGGUCACCAAACAACAACAGGCAGAACCCAGAAGUGCUGACUAGUACUGUUCAACAGUACCGUUAGAUUUUGCGGUAGGGAGUCUGGGCUUCACCUUUUAACUCCAGACGACUCCGCACCGUUAGUUAACCAUGGCGGAGGAGACCAGCUCGUUUCGGGACAGGUUCCGAGGAAUCCCAAAGUCCAUCGGCUUCAUCUGGACCUUUGAGUUCAUGGAGAGGUUUUCCUACUAUGGGAACCAAGCCGUGCUGACAUUGUUCCUUCUGGAAUCCCUCUCCUUCGAUGAUGACACCACUACUGCUGUCUACCAUGCCUUCAAGUUCGCCACCUACUUCACUCCCAUUUUGGGCGCCAUCUUGGCUGACAGCUGGCAAGGAAAGUAUCGUGCGAUUAUCGGCCUGUCCAUUGUGUACUGCCUCGGUCACGUGAUGUUCACCAUGUCCGGGCUGAUCGGACCUGACCCCCACCCCAUCCCGGGGGGAAUUGCACAAGCAAAAGUACCUGUAGCUAUGAUAGGACUGGCGCUGCUGUCUGUGGGUAUUGGAGGCCGGAAACCGUGCGUCUCAUCUUUUGGAGGGGACCAGUUCAAAGAUGGACAGGAAAAACAACUGGGUGUUUUCUUCUCUCUGUUUUACCUGGCCAUCAACAUUGGUGCAUUCCUGUCUCAGCUGAUCACCCCUGUUCUGAGAAAUGAUGUACAGUGUUUUGGAAGAGACUGCUUCGCUUUAGCAUUUGGGGUGCCAACCAUAGUUAUGGCACUCGGAAUAGUUCUGUUUGCUCUGGGAUCCUUCACAUACAAGAAAAGGCCAUCGGCAGGAAAUCUGUUGGUUAUGGUCAGCAAGGCAAUGGGUAAUGCCAUCAAAAGCCGUUGCAGUCGGAGCAAGGGUGAGUCACGUGAUCACUGGAUGGACUACUGUGACACAAACAUCUACUCUCCACGUCUGGUCCGUGACAUCAAACUGGUCCUGCACGUGAUGAUCAUGUUCCUGCCCCUGCCCAUCUACUGGACACUCUUCAGUCAACAGGGUUCCAGAUGGACGCUGCAGGCAUACAGAAUGGACGGAGAUGUGGGAGCACUUGGAACAAUCAAGCCAGACCAAAUACAGUCUCUGAAUCCGCUGUUGAUCAUCAUCCUCGUCCCCAUCUUCCAAGGCGCCAUCUACCCUCUCCUCGAGAAGUGCAGGCUGUUGAGAAGCCCACUACAGAGGAUGUGUACAGGAAUGGCUCUAUCGUCAGUGGCCUACAUCAUUACUGGUUUGAUUCAGCUGAGAAUACAGAGUUAUGUACCAGUGCCUCCAGCUGAAGGGACAGCAGGACUGCGGGUAGUUAACAUGGCACCUGGAUGUUCCCUAUCCCCUGUCUUCAUGCCUCCCACCGACGACCUCACUGCAAAGUUCAAGAGCCCUAUUCCCUACAUGGACCAGACCGUACUUGACGGCAUCCCAGUUGGACAACACACAAUGGACUUCAGCUGUUCCUCCGGCCCUGCCCAAAACCUGACAGCAUACUCUCUGGACCUACAGAGCCAGGAGAUCUACACGGUCAUUGUCACUGACAAGAACUCCCAACUGUUCGCCCCACAACCGUACGCCACCCGAGGGAAGAAACCAGAUAAGGCUGACCCUAUGAUGAGAUUGAUAUACCUGUCAGAUCCAUCAAACCUGACUCCCGACAGCAUGGUCAACGUGAAAAUACAAAGUCUGGAAGUUUUAGACCAACGUCAUGUGUUCUAUAACGUCACAGAGAAUGAUGCAACUGAGUAUGUCGUCAAGGAACCCGGAACAUUUCAAGUGGAAGUUCAUUACCAAGCAAACGGGACUCUACACACAGCAGAAGUAUCACAGACUUAUGUGGCGAAGAACGGAGGCGUAUAUACUAUAGUGGUGUUUGGGAGCACACCGCUGAGUUUGGAAUUGUUUGCGGAUGUUGAGCCAAACCAGCUGAACAUCCUGUGGCAGGUCCCGCAGUACGUGGUGAUCACAGUGGGGGAAGUACUCUUCUCUAUCACAGGACUGGAGUUCUCUUACUCACAGGCACCAAAAAGCAUGAAGGCUGUGAUGCAAGCGGCUUGGCUGCUGACCAUAGCUUUUGGGAACCUCAUCACUGUGGUAGUGGCAAAGUCGAGACUCAUCCAAGACCAGGCUGUGGAGUUCUUCAUGUUUGCUGUCCUUAUGGCUGUUAUGACCGCCAUCUUCAUCGUCAUGUCCUACUUCUACAAGUACAACGUUAUACAGCCGGACGAAGAAGAUGGUGAUGAGAUGACAAAGUAUCAAACAGAGAGGAACUCUACUUAGGUUUGAGAGGUUUCGGAGGUGUCGUAAUAUCUUAGAUGAAAGGGCAGACAUAUCUUAUUGUCCCGUUUCCUAAUUUGACACUUUGUAAAUAGAUGAAUGAAAAGCAAAAAGUACACCUAAUAGAGUAUGAAAAAUACGAUUGUUGCCUUCACAUAAACCUCGGUGGAAUCAUAUACAUUCUUUGUAUACCAUAGCACAUACAUUGAUUGAAGGGGAUUGUUUAUAGACAAUACUUAACAAACACCUUGGUUACUAACUAUAUUUGUUGAGAUUUUUCUAUCAUUGCAAGAUAGGCCAUAUUUUUUAUCGUGAUGGACCAAAAAUCAUAGUAUUAGACUCGAGCAUUGACCAAACAUUUUGAUGAACUUGGCAGCUACAUGUUUUACUGAUAUCUAUUUUUGUAUAAGAUUGAUCUAGUUAAUCAACUAACAACUGACUUCUUCAAGUCUGUACUGUUGCAUAGUAACAUUAUAGUAGUAGCACUGAGAAUUGGAUAAGCAUUAAAGGUGGAUCAGUUGACAUUCUUAAUCUUAUCAAUAGUUUCAUACCGCACAGUAACAGAUACCAUAUUUCUACAAUUACGGAUAUCGUGUAUUUGGGAUUCAAAGAAAGUUGUUGUUGCUUUUUUUCCUUUUCCAUUUCCGUUUUUCCCUAUAAAAGUUCACAUUUUCA